AAUAACAACUGCCGCAACCCACGCACUCACGGCUCAUCCAAUCACCCCACAUCCCUCAGCCACCACAGCAGUUGAUGACUUGAUGUGCCCUCCGCGAUGGCAGGUGAGCAGGCCUUCCAAUUGUGAUUUCGUCGCCGUCGCUCCCGAUGCCUCCUUUGCCCACAUCCUGCUGGUGCUCGCCGUGGGCGGCCGACGCAGGAAGAACCGCCACCGCCUCCGUACGGCCGAAAGAAAGGAUCUCCGAGCCGCUCAAGCUCUUGUGGGCCCUCUUCCUGCUGCUUUCGGUCCUAGCCAUCGCCGUCGGCCACUGGAAGAUCCCAGGUCUCGAUUUUGUGAGGGACGGUGUCCAGUGUCCAUGAGUUGAAGCCUGUAGAAAGUGAGUUGCAGGUCACCGUUGCUCCCCGGGUUGCCCCUGUCGCGAAGUUGCCGAUUGGACGCUGGGAAAUUGAGGGAGAAGGAAAAGUUCUGGACCGGCGACCUCGGUUGAGGUCAGAUAGGCGCGGCCGUGCUCUGGUUCGUGAAGAUUGCGCUCGCGUUCCCCGCAGCAGACAUUCACGCCGAGAGAUUGUAGAGGGCUGCUCUCAAAUCCGGGAUCUACAGUUUGUUGUUUGGUGAUCAUCAUAUCUGAUGUACUUCUCAUGGUAUAUGCCACUCCAUACAGGCUAAGGAUUCAUCAAAUGCCGGGCUUUCUUUUCUCUCUCUCUCCAUCUCUCCCGAACUCUCUGUUUCUGGUCUCUUCUUCAGCUCCUCCGGGCCGGACCGGAGCUUCUCCCGCCGGCGACGCCAUGCGGCGAGGGCAAAGGGAUGGCGCCGGGUUUAGAUUUAGGUUUAGUUUUUGUGUAGUGUUUACCUAUAUGGAGUAUGAGGGUAGGCUGUGGUAUCCCAGCGACCAGAUCCACCAUACCUUGAGCUUCCUUUUCCUCGCUGUAUACUGCUGGUGGCAGGCGGCGGCACUUGUGAAGACGAGGUGCAGGGUCAUCCCUCCAAAUAAGGUCUGCACUGGGAGAUUGGAGUGGGGGAUUUCUGGCCAGCCCCAGCUCGAUGCGGGAGUUCUUCUCGUUGCGGUGGUGCUCCCAUGGAGGGAGCCAAAUGCAGCGACGUUGGAGACUCCGUGCGUCUCCCUAAAUAAGGUCUGCUUUUGGGCUUUCUGCUGCUGCAUUUUUUCUUCAUAUCUGUCUCCUCCGGCUCGUGGCGGGAGCUUGGAGUUUGAUGACGGAUUGGUUAUCUUGGUGCGGCGGCCGAAGAUCUGCCCAUGCUGUUGGGUUUCGGAGAUUGGUCUUGCCACUGUUUUCUCUGUAUCUCACCAUGGUGGUGUUGAGAAGCGAAGGCAUGGUGCUGACCUUUGGCUUCAGAUCCAAUGGUGCUGGAGUAGUGACAUGAAGUUCAGAGCUUCAUUCUCGGUGGCCAUUGCUUGCCUGCCGACUCAGCUGGCCUUCUGGUGGCCAUCCUAUUCGCCGGCAGCUUCUCCCGGCGUCUCAGCUACCUCCAGGUGGAGGCCCUCUGCAGAGUUCGAUGCGGCGUUCUCCGUUUUCCCGGAGCCAAGUGGUUCUGUCCCCGGCGCCGAUGAAGACGGCCACUCCCUCUGCUUCAUUUGCAUCAGCGGUGAUAGAGGACCCGAUGGCUUUUUACAACUUCUAUGUAGGGUUUUUUAUGUAAAAUGUAGGGACCUAUCUAUGUGCUUAUGUAAGGUCCUUACUACAAAUGUACCUGCACCGCUGAAUUAAUGAAGUGUCCAGGCCCUUCGGGGUCUCUCCUUGUUCAAAA